AUGACCGAACUCGCUAUAGAAGAGCCUUUGGAGUUCGACAAGGUCUUACAGGCUGUGCGUGACGGCGCGCAGGACUGUUUGGAGACCAGAGACUUCAUUUCCUACGCCACAAUCCUAGAUAUAUACCUGGCCGACCCAUCGUCUUUCAAAGAGGACGAGAAGGACAUUUUGUUGGAGGAGUUGUCUAAGGUCCUCCACAAUGACCACGAGCUAGUGUAUGAGAUUGGUUGGGACUUGCCGGCAAUGUUGUUGAGAUUUUUCGAAGGCCCUUUAUCCAACGGAUUUAGACUUGUCGAUGUGAAGGGAGUCGUGUUCAUGAUGCAGAUUUUCGAGGCAUUGGCCACUUUCGGCAACCCGAAAGAGCUGUUGUUGUCGACGUGCGAGCUGAUUAGCGAGAUGAAAGUCGAAGAGGAUGUCGAGCGGGCCAAGAAGUUCAAAGAGAAUUCUCAGACCACCACCUACAGCCGCAGAAGGCCCGAAAGCAUAUUUCUGAUCAAAGUGCAUCUUGUUUUGGAGCUUGUGAACACGUGUUUGAGGCGCAAUGUGACGGUGCAUCCGUCUAAGUUCCUGGGUAUGGUUGUUUCUGCCCUAAUUAACUUCUCCAAGAGCUCGACCGAGAACAUGACCCAUUUAUCGGUGAUCCGCAGAUUCUACACAUUGGUUAGAGACUACAUACCGCCAAACAUCCCGGAGUCCAGCGAUAUCCCGCUGGAGGACCUGGAACGCCUUGUUGACGAGGAAAACUACCUGCAACGCAAGCUGUUGCUGCUGGUGUUCUCUGUGAUGGUGGAAACGUCUACGAAAGGCCUUGGUCCGCUGUUUCUGGCCAAUUCGUUUGCCCAGAUGAGCUGUUCAGCGUCGCUGGAGGCCGGUGACAAGUUUGAGUUUAUUGAGCGGUUUGUCAGUCUGGCAAUGUCGCUGGACCUGGAAUUGGACAACAUGUUCGACGCCGAGGUGGCACACGCAGGGAAAGUGUUUGAAGGCAGAAACAUAACCGACACAGAGCAGAUCUUCAAACUCGCCGUGGAUAACUACAAUUCUUCCGAGUUCCGUCAGAAAACCCCGCAGGAGAUCCCGUUCUCGCCAACAGCCGUUACCAUUUUGUACGCGUACAGUCGCCUGGUGCAGGGACACAAGUACACCAAGCCGCUUCCGAACUUCUUGUCGCUCGUCAAGCUGCAGCUGUGUGUUUUGAUUCCGUACGUGAUUGACGGCCAGCUGCUGAACGACUCUGCCAUCGUCAGCCUGGUGUUGCUGACCAUGAAAUCGCUUGAGCGGGGCAUCGACAAGUACACAGAAACAGACAAGCUGCUGAUUUUUGCGUACCUGCAAAACCUGGCAUCGCUGUGUCUUGAGUCGGAGGACUCGAACCUCCGUCGGUUCCUGUACUCGUUGACCACAAAGGUGUUUGUGAGUCUGCAAGAGCAAGACUCCUACGAGUACAUUGUGGACUCUCUGGAACACUGUUCUGCAGAGUCGUACCGGAUCUGUAUGAUUGGAAUUCUCAAGGACCUGAUGCUGCGCAAUAGACAGGGCGCGCUCGAGGACGAGCUGGAGAAACUACAGGUGUCGGCGCCGGCUCUGCCGCCACGCCAGCUCACAUACAUCCAGUUCACGCCUGCGCGCGAACAGCGGGUGCUAGAGCUGCUGGACAAGGCCGUCGCGGAGACGUUUGCCGAGGACGUGGACCCCGUGGUGUGCAACAGUCUGCUGGCGUACAUGAACCUAAUUUUGUCCAUCAAGAAGUUCGACGCGAAACAGGUCCACAGACGCGUCGCUACAAUCCAAAGACGCAUCUCCAAGCUCGACAAGUCGCACCAGCAAAUCGUCGACCUUAUUCAGUUCAGCAUCGACAAGGCGUCCGAAUUUUAUAAAGAAUAA